AUGGCUCUGCAAGAUGUGUGCAAGUGGCAGGCCCCUGACACCCAGGAAACCUCCCCUCACCUGCCUCAGGCUGGCAGCUGGGCUGUGCCCCGAGGCUGGGACCCUCAAGCCUUCCUGCAGACGCACGGCCCCAGGCUGGCCCAUGGUACCACCACUCUGGCCUUCCGCUUCCGUCAUGGAGUCAUUGCUGCGGCUGACACCCGGUCCUCCUGUGGCAACUACGUGGCGUGUCCAGCCUCACGCAAGGUCAUCCCUGUGCACCAGCAUCUCCUGGGCACCACCUCUGGCACCUCGGCUGACUGCGUCACGUGGUACCGGGUGCUGCAGCGGGAGCUGCGACUGCGGGCACUGAGGGAGGGUCAGCUGCCCAGUGUGGCUGGUGCUGCCAAACUUUUAUCAGUCAUGAUGUCACGCUACCGGGGGCUGGAUCUGUGCGUGGCCACGGCCCUGUGUGGCUGGGACCGCUCUGGCCCUGCCCUCUUCUAUGUCUACAGCGAUGGCACCUUCCUGCAGGGGGAUAUCUUUUCGGUGGGCUCUGGGUCUCCCUACGCCUAUGGUGUGCUAGAUCGCGGCUACCGCUAUGACAUGAGCACCCAGGAAGCCUACGCCCUGGCCCGCCGCGCCGUGGCCCAUGCCACCCGCCGCGAUGCCUACUCUGGGGGUUCUGUGGACCUCUUCCACGUGCGGGAGAGUGGAUGGGAGUAUGUGUCCUGCCAUGAUGCCUGGGUGCUGUACUCGGAACUGCAGAAGCUUCCAGAACCAGAGAAGGAACGGGAGGAGGAGGCCACCCCCGACAGAGCUGGCGAAGGCAGAGAACCGUCUGUGGGGCUGGCACCUGGGGACUUGAAGGUGCCCACAGAGAGGCUGUGA